AUGUACGGAGCUCAGGGUUCAACGAUCUUUGACUUUCUCACUGUCUUGGAAAGUUUCAGAAAUGCUAAAACUGUGUUGAACAGUAAUUCCACGCGCUGUGGGCAGAUUCUUCAGAUGUUCUUUCAAAGGGGUGCAUUAGUGGGGUGCUCUGUAACUCAGUAUCUACUAGAGAAGUUUCGUGUUGUGUUCCAGGCUUCGGGCGAGAGGGGGUUCCACAUUUUCUAUGAGCUGCUUGAGGGUCUUUCAGAGAAUGAGAAGCAGAGACUGUAUUUACAAGAACCAGAAACGUACUAUUAUCUUAAUCAGGGUCGAGCAUGUGAUCUUCCAGGGAAAAAUGACAAGACGGACUUCAUGGUGCUUGAAAAAUGUCUGCGUGAGAUGGGCCUUUCCGACAUUGAGCUGACUUCUAUCUGGGCCAUUCUGAGCGCCAUUCUGCAGUUGGGCAACAUCUGCUUCACUUCCUUUCAUAGCGACAUAUUUGGUGCAGCAGCUGGUUUCAGGAUUACAGAGAUUAGGAUUGUGGCCAGUCUUCUACAGAUAUCACCUGAGGGACUUCAGAAAUCUAUUACUCAGCGGGUGACUAGGACUUCCUAUGACCAAGCUAUUUCCCCUCUCUCAGUGGAAGCCUCCAUAGAUGUUCGGGAUGCAAUCUCCCAGACACUCUAUUCUCUGCUCUUUGAUUGGCUUUUGAAAAAAGGAAACGAUUGGCUUUGUGCACGGGAGACCGACGGCUCGUUAGGUAUUAUCGACAUCUGUGGCUUCGAGAAUCUCGGUGUCAACAGCUUGGAGCAGCUUUGCAGGAACUUUGCUAAUGAGCAAAUCCAGCAGCAUAGCAUAGAUAGUCUUGUCUCUCAGGAACAGGCGGAAUACACCAGAGAGGGGCUGUGCUGGGUCCCAUAUUCUGCAGAGGGAGGAGAAUCUUGCUUGCAGCUUCUUACCGAUCGACCCCAUGGAAUUCUGCAAAUUUUGGAGGAACAGAGCAAGUUAUCCCAGGCUACAGACCAUACUUUCUUACAGAAGUGUCACUACCACCAUGGUGACAGCAGCUGCUACAUCAAGCCCAAACUACCCCUACCUGUAUUCACACUGCAGCAUUACUGUGGUCCUGUCACAUACCAGGUUCAUAACUUCUUAAGCAAGAACAGAGACCGACUCCCAGCUGUUGCCAGAGAGGUCUUGGCCAAGAGCCGCUUGAAACUACUGUCUGACCUUUUCAAGUGGGAGAGCCAUAUCCCCCAACCUCAGGUAGGAAAGUCAGAAAACAAAUGCCUCGAGUCUACAUUAACUGGGAGAUUUCAGCAGAACCUUCAGGAACUGACUUGUCGUCUGAAAAGGAGUCACACUUUAUUUGUUCGCUGCAUCUCCCCCAACCCUAAAAAGCUUCCAGGCAUAUUUGAUGUAGAGUUUGUCAGCGCCCAACUGAGAAAUUCUGGUGUCCUUGAAACUGUGCAGCUGAUGAAAGAUGGCUACCCUAUUCGCAUGCCACUUACUCAGUUUGUCUAUAGGUAUGGUAACCUUGCAGGAAAGGGAUGCACCUUCACUGAAGACAGAGACUAUUGUGCUGCUGUACUGAGCAAGAUAUUUGGGGACUCUUCGGCAUUGUAUCAGAUUGGAAUCUCAAAGGUCUUUCUGAAAGAGCAUGCCCGAGAGAUACUACAGAGAAAAUGGGAAGAAAUUCAGAGUUUGGCCGCUCUCACUCUACAGAAAAAUCUUAGAGGGUUCCUCAACCGUAAGAAUUUCCAAACAUACCGCCGCAAAAUCACUGUUGUUCAGGCCCAUGUGAGGGGACGGCAAGCCAGGCAACGUUAUAGGAAACUGAAGAACACACGAGUGCAGUUUGGUGCCGUCCUCCUGAUUUCAAGGAUUCCUUCCAUACACCACCGUAUUUGCCAGGUGACGCAUUCGGAAACACGUGACAUGUUCUAUCUUUAUCUCUUAUAUCUUCUCGCAUGGGGCUCCUUUCCUUUUAGACUGGGGUACGGCUAUUCGAAUGAAGAGCUGAAGGCCGCAGGUGAGGAUUCCCUUCCCAGCAUGGACCUCUCUGCUUUGGAUGUUCCUGCCGAGCUAGUUGCAGUUUUGAAUUCUCCACAGGCGAAAUCACAUGCACAAGGAACGGGGAUCACAGAGGUGCCUCCACCUCAAGUCAAGGCCCAGGUUGUCUCGUCUCUUCCUCCUGACAUAAACAAUUAUCCAUUCUCCAUCUUCAUUCGCUCGUAUUUCAAGGACCCUACUCUACCACCCUUGGGACAACCCCUCCAGCAUCCUCUUACUCGCGUAUCACAAAGGGAUCAUGGAGUUGCGCUCGAGCUAUAUAAACUGGCCCUGCGUUUUGUGGUAAAUACAACAAUGCCCCCCUGGCAGCAGAGGAUCAUCGGUAACUACAUUGUGGAACGCUGUUUGCGGCAGCCCUCGCUUACCGAUGAGGUGCUCUGUCAAGCAGCGGCUCUUUCAGUGCAGAACAACAAUGAAGAGCAAAGUCAGCGGGUAGGGCUCCUGCUUUCAGGCCUGCUGAGCUGUCUCAUUCCUUCACCAACGUUAGAGAAACCUCUGCUAAAGUACGUCUCCGAUCAAGGCUCUGAAGGGUACAAAGCAAUAUGCCAGAGCAAGAUGCUUAGAGCCAAGCAGACUGAUUUUAAUGCAGUGCGCACCCAUGCUCCGACUUUGCUGGAGUGGACGGCCAAUGAAAGAAAGGGGAAGAUGGUGAUGGACAUCUAUACAUACAGUGAAGAGAAAUAUACAGCAGAAGUGGAUUCUUGGACAACGGCAGAGCAAUUAUCUGCUUGGCUCCUGCAGUCCCGAGGCGUCAGUGAUAACCCCCGUGGUUGGUCUAUAUCCAUUCUUGAUGGUAAUCAGUGGCUUGACCUCUGUGGUGAUGAUUUAUUACUGGAUGUUAUUGCUGAGGUGGAAGAUGGAGCUCCUUCUCAGCCCUUUGGAGCAUCUGAUUACCCUUUUGGAGAUCAUGACAAUAUCCCAGAACCUCCUCCUGAUUUUGCACCACAGCUGCCUCCUGGACAUCCUUCUUUCUCUGCACCUCGAUUACCUCCUCAAUCUGCACCAGUGUUUCCACCAGCACCGCCGCCUCCACCAAUUCCUCCAUUUUUUGAAAGAAAUGAUAUUCCAAUUCCACCAGCCCCACCCAUGCAAGCACCAUCUCUGCCACCAGGAACACAAGACAAUAAACUAGACCGUCCCCAAGGGAUGGAAAGCUAUUUGGAUCAGCUCUUCAAUCCUGUCUUUUCACCAGCAGAUUUAGAGAGACCUGAAAAUCUCAAUAGGCGCAUGAAAGGUGGUGGAGGCAUUGGGCCAACAAGACAAAAUUCUUUCGGUGCUCCUGUCUAUACAGGAAUUGGUUCAAUGCCUUCCUAUGCCAUGCCAAUGAUGAAUGGAGUGAUGCCUGCAAUGGGAAACAUGCAAAUGAUGCCCCCCAAUAUGCAGGCCAUGAUGCCUCAGGCCAUGAUGCCCCAGGCCAUGAUGCCCCAGGCAAUGAUGCCCCAGGCAAUGAUGCCACAGAUGAUGCAUCAGGCGGUGCCCAUGCCCCAGCCGAUGGUGCCUUCUGUGGACCCUGCACAAUUAGCAGCACAACAACAAGCAUUUAUCCAGCAACAGGCUAUACUUUUGGCCCAACAGAUGACACUCCAGGCGACCGUGCUGUCUCAACAGCAACGGCAGAAUCCACCUAGUACUAACAGAGAGCGUUCUCCACCUCCUAAGCCAGCUCCUAAGCCAGCACCAAAACCAGCAGAUGUCCCUCCUCCUGCUCCUCCUCCAGCUCCAAAAUACAUCCCUGACUCACCUCCAGCCCCUUCUCCAAAAACUGCUCCACAAUCUAGUCCAUCACCUCAAGUACCCAAGACUCAGCCUCAGAAAUCACAUGCACCACCAGAGGUGUACUGGGAUCAAGAAGAUGAAGCAGAGUAUAGUUUCCAAAGAAAAACAUUCCAGCAGAAGAGGGACUACUUCCAAAAAAUUGGUGAUGAAGAGAUUUACGUAAAAUCAGUCAAACCACCCUCGAAGAUCCUACUUCCAAUUCCAUCAGCACAGCCUGAGAAUGACAGUGAUGAGGAACCACCAGAACCUCCUGAACCUGAACCUCAGCCAGCACCCACCCCAAAAGUGCCUCCAAUACUGCUACCUCCUGCAAACAAAAGUACAGAGCCUCCCGAGAAAGAGAUAAAGAAAGGGGUUAAUAUGGUCAAACAAGCUCCUAGACCCAAACCCAGUCGAGAGAUAAGUGAAAUAAUCAAGAUGUAUCAAAACCGUCCUCAAUCAGAACCUAAACCAUUUGAACCAGUCAGGAGAACAGUACACACUUUCGUAAAGAAGAAAGAUCCCAAAGAAGAAGCUCUAGAAAGACUCAGAAAUACGGGGCCCCCGAAAUCCCCAGACUCUCCGGAUUCCCCAGCGCCUCCUCCUCCCCCUCCACCGCCCCCGGCUGAGGACACAAAUAAGAUGUCCGAUUCUAUUCGAGAAAAACAGAAGCCACUUUUAGGACUGUUUCAGUCUGGGUUAUUUCCUAAUGGUCCAGCAGGACAGUCUCCCAAGGGCACAGGAAGAUCUCUUGAAGAUGAUCACACCACAAGGUCUUCGAUCAGCAAGCACACUGCCAGUGUCUUCUUUUCCUAUAGCGAUGUCAACUGGAGACUUUAUGUUCGGAAGGAGAUCUUCUAUCCCAAAGAAAAAUUCACUCACCCGUACUACCUCAACCUUCUGUGUGAGCAGAUAAUUAGGGACACUUAUUCGGAGACCGGUUUUAAAUUAACUCGGGAGGAAAGGCGGAAGAUGAAAGAUUUGUUAAAUGAGUUCCAAGUUGGAAGUAAUGCCAGCUCUAUCCUAGAAGAUGCCAUCAAGAAACGCAUUGUCAUAGCUGCCCGGGAUAAUUGGGAAAAUUACUUUUCCCGUGUCUUUCCAGCGACUCUGAAUGAUGACACAGACCAGCUCGUCAUAGGAGUUUCCCACCGAGGUUUUAGGGUUCUGAAAGAAGUGAACACAACAGGAAUCCAGCAGAGACAUCUGAAGACUCUGUGCAGUUACAGUUUUGCAGAUAUUCUCUCUAUCGAAAAGUCUGAUUCUCGUACAUUGCGCUUUAGUCUGCGUCAUGAGGAUCUGCAGGUCCGCUCUGACCACGCUCAGGCUUUGAAGGAUUUGUUAGAAACUUUCCUUCAAGAGCUGAUAAAGGACUCAAACCAUGUGGUCGCACUACGGAGUCAUAUAACAGAUGACAAAAGUCUUCUUCAAUUCAAAAAGGGGGACAUCAUCAAAGUGCUGCCUAUGGAUGGACUGGAGUCAGGUUGGCAAUUUGGUUCUAUGGGGGGACGUUCUGGUCUUUUCCCCUCUCGAUUUGUACAACCAGCCGCUGUCCCAGACUACUACAGCAUGGUGGAGAAGAAGGACAACCGAGAAAAUAGACCUCGACCUCGAGGGCUCCAGAGAACAAUAAGCAAAGAGAGCGCUCCGACAAGCGAUGAGUCCGUACCAACCCACAGCCCUUCACCUCCCCCCGUGGAAGCCACACAUUACACUAUGAUUGAGUUUGCACUGAAAUAUUUUCGGGAAGCCCGCAGCAUGCUUGGCUGGAAGGGAAUGGCUGCAGAAGGGAAGAAGGCAGUUGAGUUGGUGCAACACACAAAGGUUCCAAUUCAGGAAUCUUUGAUUUUUUACACCGAUAAAGAAAUGAACGAGCUGGCCACUAAUAACUUCAUGACUCUGAUGAGAUUCAUGAGGGACCAGCAGUACAGGGAGCCGGAUGACGUGAAGUGUAUUUACGAAAUACUAGUGCUCUGCAGAGAAAAACCUUUUCUGAGAGACGAGGUUUACUGCCAAAUUCUGAAACAGAUUACUGAGAACCCUAAACAGGAGAGCUGUAACCAAGGCUGGGUGCUCUUGAGCCUUCUUACUGGAUACUUCCUACCCAGCCCCACACUGCUGCCAUGUGUUACCAAGUAUCUGCAGGAUACCGAUGGCACUUAUCAAGAGAUUUCUCGGAACUGCCAGGAACACCUUCGUCACACGCUGCUGUACCAUGGGCGCAAGCACCUGCCGCCGCGCAAAGAACUGGAAGCACUCCUGAAUGGACUAGUAUCUCGAAGACUGGUCAUCAACUUACCCGGGGGAGUAGAAUAUACAACGAAAGUCAAGACCUUUACAGUUGGAGCCGACCUUGUACCAGAAAUCUGCGAGCAGAUAUUGGUCACAGAAACAAGGGAAGUGGAAGAAUUUGCUGUAUAUGCCAACAAAAAUAAAGGGGAGGUUGUGCGGCCCAUGCGCGCCGGAGACUACAUCCACGACUUUCUCCUCCAAGAUAACUCCGUGAUCUUUGAGUUCAGAAGAGUUACAUGGAAAGCCACUUUGAGGGGCCGUAGUGAACUCUAUGUGCAAAUACAUUACAAUCAGGUACGUCAUCAGUACAUGCAAGGAAAAGCCUUGUUACUGAGCCCACAGGAUAAGCUGGAGCUGUACACAGGGAAAGUGGCUGCUACUCUGCAUCGGAUAAAGGGAAUGGUCAUGCCACCAGACAAACAAGAGCUCCUGGGAUACAUUCCUUCCUCAGUGCAGAAUCGUCUGAAUCUACAGGCUGUGCAGCAGGUUCUCCUACAGGAGUUGAGGACUUUGGAGAGUCUGAAUGUCCAACAGGCCAAGGUGCAGUUUUUAGAAACUGUAUCUGCCCUUCCACUCUUUGAAUACAAUGUAUACCCUGUACAAAGGAUCAGCGAGCCUGGCAUUCUCACCCCUUGCUAUGUGGCAGCCAACCAUCAACAACUCCUGAUACUACAGAACAACAGCCAGCAACCAAGCAUGACUGUCAGUCUACAAGAUGUGCACAGUAUGCGCACCAUGCGUCCUCUGGAUAGCAACACAUUGCCGGGAGUGGAGCUGCACUACGGUACACCUGCUCAACCUCACACAUUGUGGAUGGAGCUACAGGAGGCUAAAGAACUGUACCAUACACUGGCCCUAAUCAUCGAAACCCAGGAGACCGCUGCCCCCUGAGGACAAACCCUCUAAAUAUAUUAAUAUAACUUAUUUUGUGGCUAUUAUCUUCCUGAUCUGAAGUAAAUGACCUCCUGUAUAGCUUUGCGCGUGAACAGAACUGGGAAUGCCCUCAGUGUCCUUACAGUGUACAAAGUUGGUCACUGGGCUAGGAUCAGGCGUGCUUAAUCUAUAAAUUCUACUCUUUAAUUUUUAAGCUGACCAUAGACAAUUCUUUUGUAGUCAUCAGAUCUGUAGCUUUCUAUAUAAUUUUAUGACAUCCUAACGUCUAUAGGUUAAUUAUUGCUUAUUAUCCGACCAUAGACAGAAGACUAGUAAUUAGUCCACCAAGAAUGAAUGGCUGGUGAGGCGGGUCCAAUGAAAAGAUCUGAAAAACGGGAAGAAAUUGUCUACAGCUAGAUUAAAGGGGUUGUCCCAAGACCUAAACUUAUUCCCCCACACUAUGUAUUCCUCAUGAUUGGAGUGCUCUAGCAUGUGCAUUGCCACCCCAUUCAUCUCUAUGACAGCUGAGCGCUGUACUUAUCUAGCAGGUCCAUAGAGAAUGAAUGCAGAGGCACUGUCCAUACUUGACUGCUGUUCCAUUCAUAGGGGAAGAAACAACACCUCUGUUACAAAAUCAUGGAGGUCUGAUCUUGGGAAUCAAACACUUAUCUCCUAUCCUGUGGAUAAGGUUUACGUUUAAAACCUAGGAGAACCUCUUUGAUUUCUCUAUAUGUGGGUGUGGAGCCAUGUCCAAGACCUCUUCAGUUCAUCUUCACAGAACCUUGCUGGUGGAAGGGGGCUCUUACAGAGCACAUGUAAGGUUUAGGAUUAUGGCGUUAAAUUUGGUGUUCAUUGGAUACAGAAAGAGUUGGAGGUAAAGGUGUCUGGCCACAAGAAACGGGCAGCAUCUAGUUAAAUGAUGUUAUAGGGUGCAAGCUGAGGAUACGUGAACCAUCUGUUAAUGUCACAUGGCGCCAGUGGUGGAGCGACCUCCAUUAGACAUUGCUCUAAUAACAUUUUAUUAUAUAGAGGUUUCUUACAGUAAUAUGUGUAUAGGCGGAGUUCACAUCACCGUUCAGCCUUUCCGUUCUCCUGCUCCGUUUAGGAAAGGAUGGAGA